GAGGUUAUGUAAAUUUUUAAAAUAAAUUUGUCAUAAUAAAAUACGUAAAAAGACCUAAUAAAAAUAUUAAGUAAUAUAAUGACGCAGAACUAAACAAAUUAGUGAUUAGUUGAGUAGAUUUGUUACAAUUAUAAUUAAUUACUAUCCAAAAUGUUUCGUCAGUUUUUAAGAGCUUUGGAACCAGUAAGAAAUAGCUUGUCCCGGAGUGUAGUGGGCAACGGCGCUGGAGCGACCGGCAGCAAAUUUGAACAAAACUGCGUAUCUAAGGAGCAACAGCUCACAGAGGCUUUGAAAAAGUCGCUGCCUGGGACCACUUAUGUGAGCGUGGAGGAUAUUUCUGGCGGCUGUGGGGCUAUGUUCGAGAUCAGUAUAGAAGCGAAAGAGUUCACUGGAUUGUCCCGAGUCAAGCAACACAGGCUGGUCACUGACUCUUUGAAGGAAGAAAUUGCCGUAAUGCAUGGGAUCCGUAUCCAUACUACCCCCACUCCUGACAGCAAUUGAUUUAUGCAUAUUAUUUAUUUAUUACCAAUAUGAAGGAUAUAUGGAAAUCCUAUUUGAGAACUUUGAAAUAUAAAUAUGGAAGAGGAUAGAAAAGUUGGAGUAGCUCAUCAUAGUGUCAAUGUUUGUAAAAUGUCAAAAGGCUAGUGUCUUACAUAUCCACACAUACAUUUUUUAGCCACAGCCUAAGAGAAGGACCUAAUUUGGCAGCAAUUUUGAUAGCACAGGCUGAGUAGUUAUUUUAUAGUGCAAACUUCUAUAAAAUUAUGUUUAUUCAAAAUUUCAAUAGGCUGAGCUAUCAAAAAUGACCCAAUUUAGCUUAAUUUGAUUCUGUAAAGUUUUCAGUGUAAACCAUGUUCUCAAUUUAUAGGCAUAUUAGCUUAUGCCAGUUUCAGCACUAGUCUAUGUUCAAAUAUCAAAUUAAAUGAAUUCCUAAACAUCUCAUGUAUUGUAUCCAUUAAAUGCUGUUCCAAUAUUUAAAAAAAUACAUUUUGAAAAAAUGUAUGCAAAAAAUAUGAAUACAAAAAUUGUAAAUAACAUAACUGUUACUUUGUUGCAAUUUAGUUCAUUAUAUUAUUUUGGUAUUUAUAGUUACCUAUACUGAAUUAAUUUUAAAUGUAUAUAACAAAGUAAUAUACCUAAUAAGAAUAUUUUUAUGUUUGAUUGUUAGUUUCUCACUGGUUUUACGAGAUGCUGUGCUUAGUAUGUAGUUAUUUGACAUUAAAAUUGUUGAGUAGGUGAAUUAAA